AGCAGUUGUGUAUUUUGAAAUCCUCGUAAGAUGUUUCGCAAUCCACGAAGACAAACAACUCUAAAGUGCGUAUACUGAACAGUGAUAAUUAAUCGAUAUUUUUGUAACGUUAAAAGCAUGCAAUUGUGUUGCCACAACAAAGCAGUGAGCAUGCCAUAAGGUUUGCGUCACUUUUUUCGUCGCGUUGUACAAGUGGAAAAACGUAGGUUAUCGUUAGGAUUGGGGAGGGAAAGAUUCGCUUUAUAUAAGCUGGUGUGGAAAAGUUGUAAACUAAAUCUACUCGGACGUUCACAUCGCAACCCCGACACCCUCAGCAAGAUCCCUUUUCGGUCAGCACGAUGGUCAACAUGAAGCUUCCCGUAGUCGUCUGCCUCGCAUUAGUCAUAAUCUGUGUACACUUCAGUGAGGCCGCAGACCAUCCAACGAAAGUACGCACUCUUCAAAAACAAUGUGUAGAUCAAGGCUUUGCUGGUGUUUGUUCGAUAAGUACGAAAAAUCCCAACAACAAACAAAGAUGUUCGCAACAGAUACAAUGCGCUGUGAAGAAGGGGAAAGAUACCUUCAAACAGGCCGGAGGAAGAGUUCCUGACGGAACCAAGUGCGGAGACAACAAGGUUUGCAUCAGGAAGAAAUGCACCGCAACCAACCAGAUGCCAACAUACGUGGGAGGGAAUGAUGCUUUAACCUGCAGAAAAUUGGUACCAAGAGCAGACAAAAUUACUCCACGACCACUCGAACCGUUGUCGCCGUAAAGCAGAAUCUAACUUCGCAAAGGGCGACUACGAUCAAAAUAACGUACGAACUUUUGUAUAAAUAAAA